AUGGAAUCUCAGGACGGAAUCACCGUCCGCCCCAUGAGGCUGAAGGUUCUCUACACAUUCGACAACGACAAUAAAACCAACUGUCUCGCUCGGUGGCCUCACGUGCUCGAUAUUCAGACUGCCUAUCUGGACGAACAAACCCAGAUCGGAGUGAUUGAGUUGAAAACAUGCAUUCAGGCAAUUGUGUCCGCCAGUCCCGAGUUGGUGGCUCAGCUGGGCAAGGACUACACCGUUUACGCUUAUGAUUACUCGGAAUACGAAACCCCCCUGGUCGGUCAGGGAAUGCUCUCCUGGGUUCUAGCGUCUGCUUCGCCAACACCCGAAGCUCCAGCCCAUCAAUCGAAAACUAUGGUAACGGGUCGUGUGUGCAAAAAUCCCCUCGGUCUUUUUACGAAAGGAUCGGGGUCGGCCCAGGAGACCCUGGAGGUCAAACUACGAUUAGUCCCGGUCCCCACCGUCAUGCAAAGUCAAUUUGUCGACAGCAUGCAAACAUAUCGGCAGCUCAGCAAUGUUAUCCCUCACGACUUCGACGCCCAAUCCUGGACGAACUUUGUGCGUCAAAAUCCGGGUCUGCUGGAGCGUUCCCGAAGCAGCCAACAACUUGAAUCUGCCUCCUCCCCGAUGAACGGCUCGGGCAUUGAACGCUUGCAUCAACUACUCAGCGAUGGAGCUACCCCGCGCGAAUUCUCAAACUACCCUGGCAAUGAAUCAAUUCGCUCUGUAUCGCCCACCCAUUCGUACUGUGCCCCAAGCCGGAUAUCUACUCCCGGCGGAACACGAUCUUCAACACAACAACAGCCUUCUCAAUCGAAAGGCUUCACAUCUAACGACAUGAUUCGCCCGUCAUCAAGUGCCUCUAUGCGCGAUAGUGACAUUCAACCUUCAAGUUAUCACCAACGAAGAGGAUCUAUCAUGUCUGGCUACGGCAGUGGAGGAGAAGAGUCCACGGAUCCUCAGCCUCGGAAAAGGGCGAAGGUCUACCAAGCAACUUGGCCUGGUAAAUCCGACAUGAACAUUGAACGACAGCCAAGCUCCCUUAGAGUGCAAGCCAGCACAGCUGCUUCGGUCCGAAUCCAUCGCCCAACUCCGGUUAACCCUCUUCUUGUCGCUGAACACUCCAACGAAGAGCCUGUUCGUCCGCCUACCCCCAUUUCACGCCCUGGUGACCAUGCCCGACGAGCAAGACCCUCUUCGAGCUUGCUCCGUGAGUACUCUGUUCAAAGUUCAUCCUCUUACAUGUCACCCUACGCCCAUAGUGAUGACCUGCUCACUACGGACCAAACUUCACCUGAUGACUCGCGCUAUCAAGGUCUCUUUGAGACGUCAUUCAGCAUGCCAUCGUCGCCUCCUGUUGUGGAGUACCGCUUCCCGUCCAAGUCGAGUCCCAACUUGCCUCCAAUCUCUUUGGAUACUGACUCUGGGUUCAUGAGUGGUGGUUUGGAUGACAUGAUGGACGAUGCAACGACACCUGUCGAGGAAGUUCAAAGGACCGAGCCGAAUGCUGAUGACCAGAACCGAUCUCGCUCUGUCCGUGCCAACGCUCGACGGCCGCUUCCACGGACGCAGUCAUGCGCUUCUUCCAGACCUAGCUCACGAGCUGGCGCUCAAUAUACCCCGAAACAACUCGCCCCAGCCCCGAUGUCCCAGAAUGAACUCGAGCAGAUGAUAGCUACACUCCCCGCCAGUGACCCAGUCGGUCCUUCUCAUCCCCCUCUCGUCCACGCCCAAACAUGGGCUGGACCUAUGAGUGACUGCUAUGCCCAGACACCGGAUGCAUCAGCUCCACCUCAACCUCCUAAGAGUGGGAAAAACCGCAAAGGUGACUCGUCAAAGCAGGCCAAGAGAAUCCAAACACGUCUAGAGUGUGCAGUAAGGGAAGGUCAGAUGCCUCCUUACUGCGAGAACUGCGGCUCCAUUGAAACGCCGACAUGGCGACGGGCGUGGUCCAGGGAGUUUGACGGAGACGAAAACCUCGCGAAGAGCAUGAUGGUUAGCGAGCAUCACUUGCUUUGGGAAGUAGUGGAUAAGGACGACAAUGAUCAGGUCACGAAGUUCAAGAUCUAUAAGAAGACUCUUCUUGAAGAAGAUAAUGACUAUAUCCAAGUCCUCCUCUGCAAUCCAUGUGGCUUGUGGCUCUUCAAGGCUAAAAGUAUGCGCCCGGAGAACAAGUGGAACAAACAACCCGCCGAAAAAAUUGGCGAAAAGAGAAAGCGACCCUCUAGAACACGCAAACAGAGCGGAGGCCCUCUUUCUAAACCCCGCACUCGCAGCAAGGUUGCCACGAGCGAGGUUGCUGCCUCAUCGCCAGCCCCGACAGAGGCAUCGUCUGUACACCCCGAGGAUGGCCCUACUCCUCAGGGGACUACUCCUCGGGGGACUACUCCUCAAGUGGAAAAUGCACAUGACGAAACUCAUACCGAGGCCGAGGAUUGUGAAGGAUCUGCUAGCAAGCGUCGCCGAGCGAACAGCGCUGAACCACCUCGCUCUGCUGACUCUGUUAGGGGCCGCUGGGAAGGGCAAGAUGCCGUUGAGGCCCUCAAGCUUGCAAUUCAAUCCAGCCCAGCAAGAAAUAUGGAAUCACGAAAAAUUCCUACGGCAGACGCUACUAAGCUUACUCCAAAGCCUGUACGCCGGGCGUUGUUUCAAGCGGGCCAGCAAGACGGCCCUUUGAGAGAGCUAGGUGCCUCAUUCGUCAACAGCUGUUCUCCUCGACGCAGCCCUCGCAUCGCUUCUACCUCCCACGACGAUAAGCGCCAACAGGAAAAGGCAAACCAGGGACAUGCUAACAUUGACGAUCUCUUUGAAAGUCCCUCCCUGGAUUUCGACCUUCCGGUCAGCCCCACUCCCCGUCGACGCAAUACCUGUGUCAAUGUAAUGCAUGAGAGACGCCAUUCUUUGCCUACAAACUCCCCCACCGCCAACAGAAAAAGAGAAGCUGGCGCGGCCGCAACUGCAGCCCGACUCACUGCGGAGCGUCUUCAGCGUGUCCAAGAGGGCCCUCAGUCUACUCCUCGCCAGAGUCGUUCACCCAAUAAAAAUGGUUCCACGACACUCUCCGAUGGGGACCUUUACACGGAUGCCUUCAACGCUCUUGAUGGCAUGAUGCUCGACAUCUUUGACGAGGCCAACCGUGGCACCCUUAAUUUGGACGGAGUGAAGCUAUCUGGCAACGACUGGGCGGACUGGCUUCCCUCAGACUAUGUUUCCCCCACUGGAUCUGAAGAUGGUCCCGCUCCUUCAGAAGAUUUGAUCAAUGUUAUCCUCUCUGAUCCCAGCGCCAUGAAGGAGAACAUACACCCUUCCGACUUCAACAUCUUCAACUUCGAUGAUACCGAUAUCCCUGACUCCGGCUUCUUCAGCUCUGAUGCCCUCCAUGGAGACGGCCCGUCCAAGGUCCAGUCUAUCCAUGAGAACUCCAGUGGACAGGCAAACUCUCCUAAUGCCUCAACACCACUUUAA